UGCUCUUUUAUGCGCUUUGAUUUUGACAGUGAAAAUGUCGUGUAAUUUCACAAUCUAAAAAUUGAAUUGAAUUGAAUCUAUGAUGUCGUAUUCUUUGAGUUUGAUCAUUGAACAGUACUAGAGAUAAAAUUACGUUUUCGUUUUAGUUUAUUGUGGAAUGUGGUCCUGGGAAUCCUAAAGAAUACACGUACAUACAUUUCGAUAAUUUCUGUAGACUGCGACGUAUAAUAUAAUUUAUUUUUACCAUUUACCACUAUAUGCUAGUAAUAUACUCAUUGUUUUGAACUGUAUUAUCUUUUUACCACUUCAAACAGUAAAAUAUAACUUGGAAAACAAACAUGAGUUGGCCAAGCGAGCAAUACAUGUUGCCCAAUAUGAUGGGAAUGCAACCUAUGAUGUGGCCAAACAUGAUGCCCAAUGCCAUGCAACCGAACACCAUGCCCGGAGAAUAUAACAUGAACAUACAACCCAACGGUAACGCAAAUGGCGUUAAUUUUAUUGGAGUAGUGCCACCACAGCAAGAAAACCCUGUUCCUGUUAUAGAAGAUGUUGCAGAGCCAAGUGUUAAUGAUAAAACUGAUCAUAGAGACAGAAGGGAUCGCGACAGAAACCGAGCAGACAGGGGACGCCAUGGAAGGUCCCGUGAACGCGACCGCAAUGACAGAUCUGACAGGAACGACAGAAGCCGAAGUGACCGGCGUGAAAGACGCACUAAGUGGAGUAGUGAGAAUGUCACUAACAAUGCGUCGAGUUAUAAUGCCGGUAAUAUGAUGAUGCCUGGCAAUAUGAUGCAAUAUGGUAACAUGAUGCCCCACCAGGCAAUGGAUAUGGCAAAUAUGUCCAACAUGCCAAAUAUGGCCAAUAUGAUACAACCAAUGCAGAUGUCCGGCAUGAUGGAUCAAAAUAUGAUGAUGAUGAAUCAAAUGCCGAUGAUGACAAAUCAGCCAAUAUAUCUCACCGAUAGUGUUCUACUACUGCCAAUCCCUGGAACAAUGCUACCACAACGUAUGAACCGCCCUGUAGGCUGCCGGACUGUAUUUAUUGGAGGUUUACCAAACCGAAUAACCGAGAGCCUUGUUAGUGAGAUGUUUGCACGUUUUGGAGAUAUUGAUUCGAUUAAAAUCCAGAAACAAGGUGUCUGUCAUGUCCGGUUUGUUAAGCCGGAGUCUGUGGAACAGUCAUUCUGUUUGUCGGGUUAUCGGUUCAAGUAUCAAGACCAGAUGGAUGCAGAGGCUAUUCCGAUAUUUGUGGAUUAUGCUUUGAAUCGCGAUGACCAAGAAGAACAGGAGAGACAUCGGCGCCGGAGGGACCCCACUCCGCCACGGAUCGAACCGUUCCUAGCAACUACAUUGUCAUCACUUACUGAAAAGAUCAAGAGUGACACGGAGUUCACUGAAGCAGCACCUACGCUUGCCGGGUGGCUGGAGAGGGGAGAAUGUAAUAAGAAGAACGCAAACACUUUCUACUCUCUGAUACAAGCCACAAACAACCACAUACGUCGUCUCGUCAACGAGAAAAUGCAAAUCGAUGAAGAAUUCCAUGGAAUGAAGAACAGUUUCAAAGAUAAAUUCCUGCACGUCUUGGCGCAAUUCGAGCAGGUAGCGAAAAUUUUGAGCGCCGCGAAACACCAGCGCGUGUCCGACCAUUUCACCAAGCAGCAGCGGCGCAACGUCGAGAUGUGGCUCAAAAUGACCGAGGAGGUAGACAACAUGAAAGAAGAAUACAAUACUCUGUUCGACGAAGAGGAAUCUGAUACUAAAGCAGGAAAGAAUGUGGUUCCAGUGGAGAAAUACGAACAAUUAAAGAAAGAAAACGAGAACCUCGUUUACGAAUUGGAAGGUUACAAGAACGAAGCACAUUUAGCUAAAGAUGAGGCUGAGAGGAAAUUUGAGACGUUUAAGGCACAUUUCAUCGCUGAACAGGCCUUGAAGAAUGAACAGCCACAGGAGUUCAUACGAAAAAUGCCCCUUUUACCAUUUCCAUCCGCAAACAACAAUCAAUCUACAGCUGUGGAAAGCAAGGUCAACUUAUCCAACUCAGAAGUACCGCAUUCAGAAGCAAAGCUCAUCAGUCUGAUAACAGCUUUCCUUAUGAUACAUCCGCUAGGAGCAACGUUAGAUUACCUAGUGUCAUACCUGAAGUCUAUGAUGCCAGAAGUGGCUCAAGUCACAGUCAGUAAUAUAUUAACAAAGUAUAAUGAAAUAUUCCAAUGUAAAACUACUGGCGUGGGCGCUAACAUCGAGCUCAAAUGGUAUUUUGUUACAUUUGAAUCAAUAAAAAAAUAGAUGAAAUAGAUAGAAUUAGGUAUAGUACUAGUUUUAAUAUCAUGCAUGUACUUGUAAAUAAUUAUGUUUUAUUUACACAAUAAAAAUACUUUGAUUUCUAA